CUUUAUCAGUCUCCUGCAGGACCUGACGGCAGACAAUACGCUCCCAGCCACGAUGGCUUUUGAAACUAACAUGAGGUUUAAGUUUUCAAUUUUAGCAAUUAGCCUCCAGAUCCUCAUCAUCAUUUUAUUCGGGAUAUUUGUGCGAUACGAUACAAAUCAUCACACAGUAUCAAAAAAUGCGACGGGCGAAGAUGACACCUUCAUUGAUCUCUAUCCUUUAUUCCAAGAUGUCCACGUCAUGAUCUUUGUCGGUUUCGGUUUCCUGAUGACGUUCUUAAAGAGAUAUGGGUUCAGCAGCGUGGGAAUCAACUUGCUGAUCGCAGCGCUGGGGCUUCAAUGGGGAAUUUUAAUGCAAGGUCUAUGGCAUCUCCACGAUGGGAAAAUCAACAUUGAUAUAUUAAAAAUGAUAAAUGCUGACUUCAGCACAGCGACAGUACUGAUCUCAUUCGGAGCCGUGCUGGGAAGGACAAGUCCCAUCCAGAUGCUUGUUAUGGCAAUUCUAGAAAUCGCCGUGUUUGCAAGCAAUGAACAUCUCGUUGCCUUUUUGGGAGCCAGUGAUGUUGGUGCAUCCAUGAUUAUUCACACUUUUGGGGCGUACUUCGGUCUAGCUGCUGCAGCGGUUCUUUAUCGACCAGGCUUGAAAAAAGGCCAUACGAAUGAAGGGUCAGUUUAUCACUCCGAUUUAUUCGCCAUGAUUGGAACCCUUUUUCUCUGGAUGUUUUGGCCAAGUUUCAACUCUGCCAUUGCCGAACCGGGCCUGCCUCAACAAAUGGCCAUCAUCAACACCUACUUCUCUUUGGCCGCCUGUGUACUUACGGCAUAUGCCUUCUCCAGUUUGGUGGAACACAAAGGCAAACUGGAUAUGGUCCACAUCCAGAAUGCUACCCUAGCUGGAGGUGUUGCUGUGGGUACAUGCGCAGACAUGAACAUUGGCCCAUUUGGAGCCAUGAUCAUUGGUUUCACUGCUGGGAUAAUCUCAGUCGUUGGCUUUAAAUUCUUAACACCAAUUCUAGCUUCAAAGCUGAAAAUUCAAGAUACUUGUGGAGUGCACAAUUUGCACGGAUUGCCAGGAAUUCUGGGAGGCAUUGCUGGAAUAGUGGCUGCUGCAAUGGGGGCCAAGGAUGGCUCUUCUCCCGUCAUGCAAGGGGCUGCUCUGGCUGCAACGUUUGGGAUUUCUGUUGUUGGAGGAACCAUUACAGGCUUCAUUUUGAAAUUGCCAUUUUGGGGACAGCCGCCUGAUCAAAACUGCUACGAUGAUACACUUUAUUGGGAGGUUCCAUUGGAAGAAGAAGAAGAAGAACAUGAUAAUCAUUACCAGGAUCAACAUGGAAAAAACAAAAUUGAAGCUUAAAAUUCCUACAUUCGUCAACCUGAGAAUUAACACCAUUUAAAAUGUUUCAUUACCACCUCUUUCAGCUAUGGACUGCAAUCUUCUAAUAUAUAUAUAUAUAUAUAUAUAUAUAUAUAUAUAUA